AUGCGUCUGUCCUCUCAGGAACGAGGCGUGCGCGAACUGCCACCGACCGAGAUCCACCUUCCGAAACCCCCGCAUUCAACAACACAUAGGCCAAGCGAUGUUGAGCUGCCGGACGAAGCUGGAGAAGUUGCUGUGCCUGAAGUUCUCGGGAGGAGGCUCCGCGAGAAGGCGAAGGGGUCGACGACCGCGAAGCUUGCCGUCGCGGCCCCAGGCGAUCACGGCGUCGGUGGAGGCUCGUAUUCCACGAUGCAGUAA